AUGCAUUUGUUUGUAAGUCAUUACAUCCUCGAGAUUCAUCUGCGUAGGCACCUUGAAAUAUUCCAGAAUUGGAUCGUAAAUGUCAAUGGCACCACAUUAGAUGGCCGACCUCAAAUUUUAUUAUCGUCCAAAAACACGCAGAAGAAUCUUGCAGAAUUCCAACGAGAUUGUGAUAAUUGCAAAUCAAUUUUGAAGUGA